CUUCCCCAGGCCAAUUUAGCGCCUCGGCACCGGGGCGCUUGUUUUUCCGUUAACGGAUCACAGGGGCGCUUGGAAUUUGGCUUGCAUGUUGAUCUUAGCGCCGGGGCGCUUGCAUUUUGACUGCAGGAGAAACUUCUUAUCAACGUAAUAUAGCGCGUGCUACAUUGUCGUAUUGCGUCAUCGAUCAAUUAAUCUUGUGUUAUGACAGGAUGUGUCCGCUAAUAAUGCACAGUAUUUGUUGAUGUAAUUAAAGAGCAAUCUGUUUUCGAAGAACUUAGCAAUUAAUUGCUUUUGAUUGAAAUCAAUUAUCAGAUCAACGGUGAUUACGGAUUAUGGAUAAUUUAUGUUGCAAUAAGCGUGUGUUUUAUUGGUUCAUGGGAGGUGCUAAAUGCGAUGUGAUUUAGGCCGGGGAUGCUAUUUACACUACUGUAAAAUCACUUGUGACUGGUACACUGUCCGUUCUGCGGUAUCUGCAGACAAUGCCAUGGGAGGCCUACCAGAGUGCAGUGCAGAGGGUAGAGGACCUUCAGGCCAAAGGGUUCAACAUCAAGCCUCCUGCUGAACAAGAGACUGUCAACUUUAGAGAGAAGAUGCUGGCUGAGCACUUUGGACUUGUGGUUGACAAGACCCUUCAUGAGUGGUGCCAAGUUAGGGAAUCCAUUGCUGACAGUGGGCUUGCAGCAGACAAGGCCAUGGAGUGGGUUACCACAAAUUUGAACAUCAGCCACACCAACCUCUUCAAACUUGCUGCUGUGGGGCUGUUGAUCCCAACAUCAACAUCAGACUGUGAGCGUGGAUUUUCCACCCUCAAGAGGGUAAAAACAACACACAGGGCAUCUUUGAGCCCACCUGUUCUCAACCCCAUCCUUCCUGUUGGGAUGUUAGGACCACCAAUAGAAAAGGUCGAUAUCAACUCCAUGGUGAAAAUUUGGCACAAGGAGAAACCAAGGCGUAGCCAGCUCUAGGCAGUCAUAAUUAAUUGAUAUAAUGGCUUAUAAUAUUAUUGUUUUAAAUUUUUGUGCGAUAUAUAUUUUUCUGUUAAAGUUAUUUGAAAAGACAAUAAAAUAUGUUAAUACUGAACACCUUUUGCUUGACUUAACUCACAUUAAAUAUGCACCAAAAUACACCAUUCCUUUGUAAGGUUUCAAAAAAUUU